UGUGCACUUCCCCCACCUUCUCUCUCCCUCUCACUCGCUCCAGCCGGCUAGCCGCAGCGUUAGUCCGCUACAUAAAAUGAAGCGACCAGAAGCAUUACGGGAAGCUGCCGUGGGGCUCUUUGGAUUUUGCUGAUGUACGAGGAGACGCUUUUGUUUUUGUAAGAUCUCUGUCAAGGAGGUCAAAGUCAGUUUGGGGGAUGGACGAGCAGAAGUCAAACUGCGACGAAAGCGACUCUGAGCCAGCAGCUGAUGACAACGCUCCCGCUCGACAAGUCGUCCCCUCUGAAGGAGACCCCCAAGCUCUCCCCGCUGCUGAGGAUGUGUCGGCUCCGACCGCCGCAUCUUCAAGUCCACCCGAGGAGAGCGUGAGGGCUUGUGCUCUUUGCAAUUGCGUGGAGCGCAGCCUUCACGGACAACGGGAACUCCGACACUUUGAGUCGACUUCCGAAGCGCCGACCCUCCGACCGUCUGCUUCUCGGCCGCCACCGCCCGGAAAUGACGAAUUGUCUUCCAUUGGAUUUUCGGACACCCCCUCUCUGGCGUCACUAUUUGAUGACUCAGGGGCUUGUUGGGUUCAUCACUGGUGUGCGGUGUGGUCAGAAGGAGUUCAACGAACGGACGACGACGGCGGCAGCUUGGUGAACGUCGACAAGGCUGUUAUCUCAGGGACGCAGCGGCUUUGUGAAUACUGCAAAAGGCUGGGCGCAACCAUUCGAUGCCAUGCCGAGGGCUGUUCAACCUUUUACCACUUCCCCUGUGCAGCGGCUAGUGGUUCCUUCCAAUCCAUGAAGCAGCUGGCCCUUCUCUGUCCGCAGCACAUAGACCAAGCCCAAGACUUGGCAGGGGAAGAGUCUUGGUGCGCCGUGUGUGACCUAGCAGGGGCGCUCGCAGACUUGUUGUUCUGUACGGGCUGCGGGCUACAUUAUCACGCGGCCUGUUUAGAGAUCGGGGCCACCCCCAUACAGCGGGCGGGGUGGCAAUGCCCGGAGUGUAAAGUGUGCCAGACCUGCCGACAACCAGGUGAAGACUCCAAAAUGUUAGUAUGUGAUGCCUGCGAUAAGGGCUACCACACCUUCUGCCUGCAGCCCGCCAUGGAUUCUCUCCCCACGGAUCCGUGGAAAUGCAGAAGGUGCCGCGUAUGUAUGGAGUGUGGCGUUCGUGGACUGGUGUUGCCGGGCUCGGCGCAGUGGUUUGACAACUACGCCGUGUGCGAGGCCUGCCGGCGCCAGCGCGGCGCCGUCUGCGGCGUAUGCGGCAAAGCUGCGCGCCCAUCCGUGGCUCUUCAGUGCUGUGCCCUGUGCCACAGGUGGGUGCACAGAGAGUGCGCGCUGCCGGACGUCAAGAGCAUUUGCCUGCUUUGCAAGGAGGAUCGACAUCAGCGUCUCACCGACACCCACGCAGCUGAAACUCACAGCGCAGAGGUCACGGAAGAUGCCGAGGGGCAGCUACAGUUGGUGGAGAUGACCGUCCAGACGGAGGCUCACGUGACGGCGGAGGAGCAGGCAGACGCAAUACGAGGAAAGCCGCCGGGCACGCCGGAUGUGGGCGUGGCGGGCGCCGCCACCGCCGAGGAAGUGACACCCAUGGACCUAGAUGCAGAGGCUAAUGCUCUUGGGCCAACGGAUGUAGGCGACAAAUUCUCAGAGGAGGAGCUGAAGAUAGAAAAAGCCGAGUGCAUUUCAGAGUGGUCUCCAGCUGAAGAGUGCUCGAGCAAACAAGGCGCCCCUUGUCUACCUACUGAUGAAAGGCCAGCGGAAGAAGCGGUCGGCCGUGUGAUCCGAGCUGCCCCCCAGAGCUCCGCUGCCGCGAGAUGCUCUCCAAAUCCCCAAGUAGAAGAAGAAGAAACACUGGAGGGCGCUGAAAAUAUGGAGGUGGACAAGGAGGAGACUCUUCUUUCUGCGGAUAAGCCUCUAUUAAUAAAGACUGCUUGCGGUGGAUUCCAAAGCGUGCAAUCAUUCAGUAAGACGUCGCCCGACUCGUCACCUCCUCCGGCAUCUCUCGACAAAGCUGACGAGCGGGACACGAGUCCGUGCCGGACGCGCCGGGCGUCGUCGGACACUCAAGACGGACGCUCGACCGGCAACGCGGAGGAGAGGCUACUACCUCACUCUGAAGACGAGGAAGAGGAGGAUGAUGAAGACGACGACGAGCCAAUGAGAAGAGACGGGCGCGACGAGGAUGAGGUGAAGCCGGAAUUGCUGCUGGAUGACAUGUCCAAUGAGAGCAGCAGUGGUUUCCUGGGCUCUCCCGGGGAAGCGGACGCUCACCUUUCUAUGGAGCUCGGCCGCUCCGAAACGGAUGACUCUCUUCCCUUUGAACCCCUGGGAAUUCACGCCGAGAAGGUGAAGCGCCGGGGCUCCCCUGGCCGCUCAAGGGUCAAACAGGGUCGAAGCAAUAGUUUCCCCGGGAAGCGCAGACCGCGAGGAGGCGGCGGAGGGCGAGGGCGGGGUGGCAGGUCUCGCCUCAAAGCCAUGGCCUCUUGCAUCGACGCCUUCUUGCUAAGCAUGACCACCGACUCUGGAAUAAGUAAAGAGGAAGAUGACGAGGAAGACGACACCAUGCAGAACACAGUGGUUCUUUUUUCAAACACUGACAGAUUCGUCCUGCUCCAGGAUAUGUGUGUGGUGUGCGGCAGCUUUGGAAAGGGUGCGGAGGGGCAGUUAUUGGCCUGUGCGCAGUGUGCUCAGUGUUACCAUCCUUACUGUGUGAACAGCAAAAUCACAAAGACGAUGCUGCGCAAGGGCUGGCGCUGUUUGGAAUGCAUCGUGUGCGAAGUAUGCGGAAAGGCUUCGGACCCUUCCCGUCUGCUGCUGUGCGACGACUGUGACGUCAGCUAUCAUACCUACUGCUUGGACCCGCCCCUGCACACAGUACCCAAGGGAGGCUGGAAAUGCAAAUGGUGCGUGUGCUGUAUGCAAUGCGGUUCCAACUCGCCGGGUUUCCACUGCGAGUGGCAGAAUAACUACACCCACUGUGGACCCUGCGCCAGCCUCGUCACCUGUCCGGUUUGCAGAGAGAACUUUAUGGAGGAGGAGCUGCUACUGCAGUGUCAACACUGCGACCGAUGGGUGCAUGCGGUCUGCGAGAGUUUAUAUACCGAGGACGAAGUGGAACAAGCGUCCGAUGAGGGCUUUGCGUGUACGUCAUGCAGCCCGUACGUUCCCAAACCUGCGGUCGAGUCGGCCAUCAUGGCUUCGAUAAGGAUCAAAGAGCCAGAGCCGCAGUUCUACCGCUUAGAGGGUGUUUGGCUGACCGAAUCGGGGAUGUCCCUGCUGCGGACCAUCUCCAUGUCUCCCCUGCUGAAGAGACGGCAGCGUCGCUCUCGCCUCGGCACUUUGUGUUGUGAAGGCGGAGGCCCUGAUGGGAUGGACGUGAGGGAGGAAGGCGAAGGGGAAGAGGGAAAAGUCUGUGGGGAGUCUAUGGAUUGUGACACGAAGAUGGAAAAUCCCGGAAGCCCUGACAGAGAAGGUGGCGUUGAUGGAGGCGCAGACGGCUUGGCUGAAUGCGAUGUUCUCAAAGGCGGCGUAGACGAUACAGAAGAUGGCAAAAAAAGAAAACGGAAACCCUACAGGCCCGGAAUCGGAGGCUUCAUGGUGCGACAAAGGAAGUGUCACACACGCUUGAAGAAAGAGUUUUUUGCCCAGCUAGCUGGAGAGACUACGUUAGACGGGCACCCAAUAGAGAGAACCAUCGAAGAGGUAGGACCCCACCCUGACACGGAUAACAUCAUGGACCCUAAACCAUUAGAGGGGGAGGAACAGGCGAAGAAACGUCGAGGACGAAAGAAAAGCAAACUCGAAGACAUGUUUCCAUCUUAUCUCCAGGAAGCUUUCUUUGGAAAAACGCUUAUCGACUUGAGUAAGAAGGCCGUAUUGACGAGCCCCGGCCAGAGGCCAGCUGCAUGCAUUCUUCAACCUCCAUUACCGCCACCAUCCGCUUGCAAAACGACUUCCCCGGAAACCGAGGCCAAGGAUGGGAUGGUGCGUCAUCUCAAGCAAGAGGGGCGUGAAGCCCCGCUGGCUCAGGGAGAAGGUGCAGGAGUCUCUGCGCCAUCCUCAACACCCAAGGACCUCGGGUCAACCGACCCUCGUGGCUUUGAUGCGGACAAACGUGAAGGUCUUCCACAAGGAGUAGAGAAUCAGGAUUCGGAGCAGUUUUUCCGGAAGGUGCUAGGAGUGUCCGAAGGCUCCACCUUGGAGGGUAUGAAGCCCAUCUCAGAGGGCAAUAAGGGAGAACUCAAUUGUGGCGCCCUACCACAGAAAGCUCUCCUCUCAGGUUCUCUGCCCUCAGCUGGAGUCAUGGACGCGUUCCCCGCCCUUUCUCAGUCACCCUUCUUUGAUAUGCGGGAAAAAGGAGGGAUGUUCAGCCCAAACGGCGGUGAGGAAAGUCCUUGGGCUACCCCGUCUACCCCGGCGACUCCUUCCUCGCCGCCGACCCCCACCGAAGCGGAAGGCGACGGGCUGUCCUACAACCAGCGCAGUCUCCAGCGAUGGGAGAAAGACGAGGAGCUGGGAGAACUCUCCACCAUUUCUCCCGUGCUUUAUGCAAACAGCAACUUUCCCACUCUCAAACAGGACUACCCGGACUGGGCGAGUCGCUGUAAGCAAAUCAUGAAGAUCUGGAGAAAAGUGUCAGCAGCUGACAAGGUUCCUUUUCUGCAAAAGGCCAAAGACAACCGAGCAGCUCAGAGGAUCAACAAGGCACAGAAGCAGGCAGAGAGUCAGAUGUGUCGACCCGUGAAGGCGGAGCCAGUGCGUAUUAAAGGGGAAAGACCCAGUUUACAUCUGCAGAUCCCCCCGCCUUCCGGAUCGACGUCCAUGUCGUCUCAGCCCAGCUCGGCGGAAAGCCCCUUUCCGUUCCCCCCGGAUUCGGGAUCCUCCUCUGUCUUUUUCUCAGAUGGUUUCACCAAGACGCCGGGAUCGGCCGAAAUCCGUACGGAUCCUUUUGCCAAGCUCCCGCCUCAGUCGCCACGUUGUCACUCCCACCCGCCGACUCCUUUAUCCUAUGCCGGGGCAAGUCCCGUACAGGCGUCCUCCUCAGGUUAUUCCGCUUCCGGCCCACAGGGUCCUCCUCCUCAGGGACGGCCAGCUAGUCUUGGCCCCUUUGACAUGCAAGCAGGGACUUCAGGAGCCACCAGACGGGCUCAGCAGGUUGACCCCUAUUUCAGACCGCAAUUACAGCAUCAACAGGUUCAUUUGUCGCAAUCUCAGCAAGGCUCACAAGAGUCCCUCACAGCUCUAGCGAGUCCUCAUUCAAGAAGUGCCGGCAUGGGCAUCGAGUCCCCCAUUUUCUCGCCGCCGCAUAACACGCACUACGGAGACCCUCAAAGAACUCUGCAGACGGAAUACGUUUCAUCCCCGGUACCGUCGCUCGCCUCCUCGCCCGCCAGCCAGUAUCAGGGGGAGAUGAGCGCACCUUCUCCUCGCACCGCUCCCGUCGGAAGACCUGACCUCGCCGCUGGGUCCCCCGCUGGGAUGCUGGAGUCCGGGGAUGGAUUGUUUAAGGCGCCCUUGACACCACGGAUGCACCAAGGGGACGGCACGACGCUUCCUUCUGGAGCCUCCCCGAGCCACCCCUCUGAAGGCUACAGGCAGUCGCCCUCUCACCCGUUCUCCGACCACCCCAAUCAGUCUUCACUCGCUCCCAAGUUGCAGUCGGGUGACGCCGGUUGUCUCGGAGCCCAGAGACACCCUGUAACGCAACAGGAACUGUGCUCCAGGGUUCCCUCCAGCCCGCAAUCCCAGGGCAGCUGUCAGUCUCCCCACACGCCCGGAGGCCUCUCCAACGAUGCCUAUUCCGCACAGUCUCCCGCAACCCCACGUUUCCAGUCCCCGGAUCACUCGUCGCAGCCACCUUCCAGGCCACAGUCUCGAGACCCGUUCGUCAGCGUCCACAAACCGCCCCCCCGCCCCACGUCUGCUGCACCCGACGGAACUGCAAGUUUCAAAAGCUCACCUAAUCCAAAUCAGUCCCCUCAAUUACAUUCCAGCGGUAGUCCCAUCGGGGAUUCCCUAUCUGGCAAACCCUCAGCGCCCCCGCCUCCGUUUGGUCCUAGCGCAGGGACGACUCAGAUAUCCCAACAGCAGGCACCGGGUCAGCCGCAGCAAACGCAGCCGACGGCAAUCGCAGACAUCUACGCUUCUCGACCGAUACCUCUUUCCGGAUCUCAAGAAGUGGCGGCUGUCCGCCCUCAAGAUGCACCUCAUCAGCCAUCCACUCAAGAAAUGUCCGACGUGCAAGACCCUGCACUGGUGGGCCUGAGCCCUUCAGAGCUGGAGAAGCACCGACAGCGUCAGAGAUUGAGGGAAUUUCUCAUCAGACAACAAAUGCAACGCAACACCAUGCGACAAGAAAAGGAGGCAGCCGCAGCUGCCGCAGGCAACGCGUCUCCGGGAUGGCCAGGAGCUGAGACGGCUGCUUUUCAACAAGAUAAGCUCCACAGAGCACCGCCGCCUUAUCCGCAGGAUCGCGUGGCUGUAAACACGGCGGCUGCUCAGGCCGCUGCUCUGGGAAAGAUGCCCGUGAAUGCCAGCGGCUUGGGUGACAAGCUCAUUUGCCCACCAUCCACGGGAAAUCCCGCCAUCAUGGAUCCGAGUGCACUCAGGCCAUGUGGGCCCAACAAGCCUCACGGCAUGUUUCCUCGUCCACCGUUCCCUCCUCAAUGGCAUGCUGCAGGACCAAGGAGGUUCCCCCACCCGGGUGUGGACGCGAUGGCCAUAAGACACAAUCUCACUUCUCCUGUCAACAUCCAGGCGAUGGAAGCUAUGGGUCACCCUCACCCCAUCAUACCGGGGCAUGGAGGAGACAAUAUGCAACCAAUGGGCCAAGGACCCCCGCCGCAGUUUAUCGAAUUAAGACACAACUCGCAGAGGCCGCCGCUCCGACCUCAGUUUAUGCCUCGUGGACCUCAGCCCAGACAGCGUCUGUUUGUCCCCCAAGACAUGCCAGCGCCUUACGUUCAGCAGCAGCAUCCCGGAGCACUGGCCGGUGCUGUUCCAUCUCAGGGAGGUAUCGACUCCCAAUUGAAAUUAUUACCUCAGCAGUCUGCAGUACCGGGAGCGCAGCAGCCCCAGGCGGUACUUUCGAGUCCCAGCACUCCCGGCGCCGGACAUCGGCAGCUCUCACAACCGAGCCUCGUCGCAGAGCAAAACCAAGAACACAAUGAGGCACUACCGGAGCCUGAUCUCGAGGGCCUCGGGGUUGCCCCGGGCGAGGCCGGUGUGGAGGAUGAAGAGGAUUUAGCUCUUGACUUGGACCCAGACAAAGGAGAUGACGAAUUGGGAAACCUGGACAACCUGGAAACGAAUGAUCCACAUCUCGAUGACUUGCUUAAUAGUGACGAGUUCGACCUGCUGGCUUACACUGACCCCGAACUAGACCAAGGAGACCCCAAGGAUGGUUUCUCGGACCAGCUGCGUUUAGUCGAAGCGGAAAGCGAAACCCCUUCAUCGGCCUCUGGGUCCGCCGUAGCGGGACAAGUCAAGUUAGAGUCUGGCCAGAGGUCCCUCUCGACGACACCGGCCUCGCCGGGCAGGUCAUCCACCCAAAGGCCGCCUUCUCCUAACACAGCUGCCAACCUCAAAGUCAAAGUCGAACGUCUCACCCCUCAGCUCCUGUCAGGACAGAAUGCCGUUAAAGAUGAAAUCUCUUUACUGCUGGGUGGGAACGCAACUUCGGCCUUGCCAGCGCAGCAGGAGCACCCGUCAGCUUCUCUCAGUUCUGUUCGUUUAGGGGGGCUUCCAUACGCUCUACAAGCUCAGGACGGACCCUUGCCUUUUCCCGCGGUGGCUGCGCAUGCCGACAUCGGAGACGACGCGCUGGACUUGCCCGACGUCGGAGGACAACACUCUGCUGCCGUCGACUUGGCCAAGGUAGAAAGCUCGUUGGAUGGCGAGUUGCCUCUCCUGAUACAAGACCUCCUGGAACAUGAGAAGAAGGAGCAGCAGAAGCAGCAGCAACAACAGCAGCAGCAGCAACAGCUUAGCUCCCUUCACCAGGGAGGCAUGGCGCCUCAUUUUCCCUGCCAGCAGUCAAACUCACAAGCGCCAGUACCGUUAAUGGUGCCGCAACACCACCGUCCGCCACCGCAAUCCGCAAUGGCCCCGCCCGGCAUGGCGCCGCGUGCUCCGCUCAUGGCGCCGCAUCAACAACGGCUUUUGGGAAGCGCAAUGGCGGCGGCGUCGCCUCACAUGGCCAUGAGUCAGCAGCAAGCGAUGGUGAAAAUGGGGCAGCCAGGAAUGCACGCAGGGCUCAAUCAUCCACCCCAGCAAGCUGUGAUGAAGCAGUCGCCCCUGGCCAACAAUUUCUUCCCAGACAAAGAUUUAGACAAAUUUGCCGACGAUGACAUCAUGGAUCCCAUCGCCAAGGCAAAGAUGGUGGCCCUUAAGGGUAUCAAGAGAGUGUUGGCACAGGACCCCAUGGUUGUGCCCCCGGGCAUCAACAGGCAACAGGUUUCUCUACUUGCUCAAAGACUGUCAUCUGCUUCCGGCACAGAGCCAGGUCAAAUGCCAUCCGUGCCUCCGAAGGAGGGAGAAAGCAGCGAUCCCACCCAGUCGAGAACAAACCCUCCUCCGUUUGUUCAAGGAAUCAUCAAUAAUUCCGAACAGCACCAGUAUGAGGAAUGGCUUGUCCACACUCAGCAGUUACUCCAGAUGCAGUUGAAGUUUUUGGAAGAGCAAAUCGGGGUCCAUCGGAAAUCCCGUAAGGCGCUUUGCGCUAAGCAACGCACCGCAAAGAAAGCCGGCAGAGAAUUUGCCGAGUCCGACGCUGAGAAACUCAAGUUGGUCACUGAAGAGCAGAGCAAAAUUCAGAAACAGCUUGACCAGGUACGGAAGCAGCAGAAGGAGCACACCAAUCUCAUUGCUGAGUAUAGAAGCAAGCAACAGCAGCAGCAGCAGCAACAACAACAAGGUCCAGGUCUUCUAGCUCCUGGACAUUCUGCACAGGCAACCCCACCUCACAUGUUUCCCAAGUUACCUGGCCAGAUGGUGAUGGGCCAACAGGGAAGUCCAGUCAUAAGCCAGCACCACGGUAUGGUUCCCCAAGGUGGAAUGCCCGUCCGGAUGCCGCAAGGUCAGCCUUUCAUGGGAAGAGCCCAACCUCAGCUUCCGGUUGCUCUCGGAGCCAACGGUGCUCGGCCCGCGUGUCCCCCCGGCGCCCCGGCGGGAUUCUUUCCACCGGGGCCAGCUGGAAUGCAAGGUGCUGACGCCAGGCUUCUCCAAGAAAGACAGCUUCAGCAUAGGAUGCACAUGGCAAAGCUCCAGCAGCAACAGCAAGCCAUGAUGGGCCAGCAGCAACACCGAAAUCAACAGUCGGCCUUGAUGACCCCGACGCAGCCGGCCUUGAUGGGGAAUCCACUCGGAUCGCAGCAACAGGAGAUGUUAGCCGGUCAGGUGACUCAGCAGAACAUAGCUCAGGUUCCACAAGUAAUGGGUGCAGGUCAACCUGGGGCUCCACCGCCACAGAACUUUAACGCUGGCCAGCCCAAUAACCAGGCUCCAGCCAUGGUGGCAUCCCAGCCCCUGCUGCCUGGGACCCUGCCAGUGACGCAACAACAGAGGGCUCCGAUGAUGGGUCAGCAGGGAAUGAAUGUAUCGCCGGGUCAUGCUAUUCUCGGGGGUCCCCCGGCUCAACAGGCUCAGCUGACUCAACAGCAACAACAGCAAAACAUUCUGGCACAACGUGUGUUUUCUUCUCAGCAGCAGCAGCAGAAUGUCGCCAAAACAUUUGCUCAAGUUCAGCAGCAAAGGCAACCGACGCCAUUGAUGAGCCAAUCCGGCCACGAGCAAGGAAGGCUCUCCCAACCCUCCACGCCACAAAUGGGGUCAUCCCCUUCAACGGGUACGAGCACGCCUCAGCCCUUAGGAGCUUCGGAUAGUCAAAUGGUGGAGACGAAAGAGGGAGACCAUCUCAGCGGGGAUAACCAAACCCCAUCGCAGCAUAGUGGGUCGUCCACCCCCAAUCACGUCAGCCAGGGAGGCUCUGCGAAUGAUCCGCAAGCUGAGUUUGGGCCACAAGUACCUCAGCAGCAGCAGCAGCAGCAGCAAGACCAGGCGUAUUCCAUGCAGCCGUCACUUCCUGAUCAACAAAGCAGUUUAAUGGUAAAUCAACAGGUGGGUGUGGCUCAGCAACAUCAACUGCCUGCCGCUGCUCUACAGAGGCAAGAUUCGGGGAGUUCUGACAAGCCCACUUUGAUGGUGGUUAAACAAGAAGGGACAUCUGCGGAGUUCUUAGCCCUCCAGCAGCAGCAGCAGCUGCAGCAGCAACGGCUACAACCAGUUCCGAACGUCACGCAGCAAUCCCCCGAUCCCAACAUCCAGCAACAGUCUGUCCUCAUGAAUCAUCCUCAACAGCAAAGCCUCAUGGCACAGCAGCAAAAACAGCAGGCCAUGAUGGCCAUGAUGAGAGCUCAGCAGCCAGGCGGGAUGGUGCAGCAGAGGCCCGGGCUUCCAGCUGCAGCCGCACGCACCCCCAUCAACCUCCAGGUGCAGGCUAUCAUUGCCCAAAAUCCACACUUGCGCAAUCUUCCCCCCAAUCAACAACUGCAACACAUCCAAGCCAUGCUUGCCCAGAGACAGGGACCUGGGAUGCUGCGAAUGCCCAUGGGUCAGGGACCCCAAAGUCAGCUGCGACAUCACGCCUUACCCGGACAGGCGCCGCACGCUGCAAAACAAAUGCCAAGAAUGGAAGGGCAACACGUUCCGUUUGGCGCCAUGGGGAAGCCGGGAGCGAUGUGCGCUCAGCAACAGAGCGCCCCGCCUCACUUUCAGCCCAUGGCACCGCAAAUGGGGCAGGCGAUACAACAUCCGGUUAUGAGGGGGCAGCUACUGGUGCCGCGCUCUCCUGUGGACCACAGCCGCAUGAUCAGGCCCACAUCGCCACGUCAGUCGCUACCCGGCGAUCUCAGAAGCCCGCUGGGCCAAAUUAUCGGGAUGCGCCCGCCCACCCCGAACCAGCACCAGCAGCAGCCACUAACGACAGCAGCGGGGAUCCGUACGCAGGGAUCCCCUUCUCACGCGUGUUCCCCGAGAGGUUCUUUCGGCAUGAGCCCCACCCACCCCACCUCCCCGCACCCGGCCCACGUCUCUUCGCCGUCGUUAGGCGACGGCCGGGCCGGAAGGGGAAGUCCGUACGGUCAAGUCAAGGCGUCUCCACUCAGGUCACCGGGAGCCAAGACUCCAUUUGAGUGCGCAGGGCUGAAAGUGGAAUCGCAGAUGUCGUCGCUCGGCGAAGCGCCGAUUCCAAACGGUCCGCAGGCGGAAUCGUACGCUCGACAACAGUCGCCGCAUGUCGCAGAUCCUCACCCGCUGCGUGGCUCCACGCAAGGGGACCUGUGCAAGUUGACCCUGCAAAACAUUAAACAGGAACCAAGGGAGGUGCACUGUGACGGGGCAGGAGAAGCCGCGUCUGGUGCCAUCAAGCGAGAAGCCACGGGCGACUUGGUUUCUUCAGGGAGCAACGCUGCGUUCAUGAAUGCGGAUGACAGCAGAUCUGAAACGGGACAACAAUUGCUCCAGAAGCUCCUGAGAACAAAGAAUCUUCAGCUUGCUGCCCAGAGGCCCUCUGAUGGCAUCCACAAUGAGAUCAAUGGCCACAUCAACAGCAAACUGGCAAUGCUGGAACAGAAACUUCAAGGGACUCCACGAAAUAUGGAGGAUUUGCAGUCUAUUAGCAAAAGGACUCCGGCCCAAAAGCCAAAGCGCACGAAUAAAGCACCUGGAGACCGGGGCUUCAACGCACGCAAGAAGAAUAAGAAGGAAGAAGUUGGCAAAAGUGCCGAAGCACUCUUAAAGCAACUCAAACAGGGUCUCUCUCUGCUUCCCCUGAUGGAACCUUCCAUCACAGCCAGCCUGGAUCUGUUCGCUCCUUUCGGGAGCAGCCCGGCCAAUGGCAAAGCCCAACUCAAAGGGUCUUUUGGAAACGCCAUGCUGGACAACAUCCCCGACUACUAUUCUCAGUUAGUCACCAAGAGCAACCUCAGCAACCCGCCGACGCCUCCUUCCUCGCUGCCGCCGACACCUCCGCCUUCUGUGCAGCACAAGCUGCUGAACGGAGUGACUCCCGGAGAGGAACUUUCUCAGGGUCCGAAAAAUGCAGAUUUGAAAAACAAACACAUUGAAGCGGUGAGCGAGGAGACAAAGAGUGUGGACAUCCUCGCGGCGCUUCCCACUCCGCCGCAUAACCAGAACGAGGACAUCAGGAUGGAAAGCGACGAUGAGGACGCCCCAGACAGCAUCAUUCCGGCGUCCUCCCCGGAGAGUAACCUCGGAGAAGAAACCCCGCGCUUCCCUCGCCUGCGUGAGCCAAAGGAAGAGGAGACGGAGAGGGCCAUCUCCCCCGUCAUUCCCCUCAUUCCUCGCACGGCCAUCCCAGCCUUCUCGGAGAGCAAACCAUUUGAAGCGGCCGACGGCCGAGCGGUUUCCAUCUCCAAUCGCUGGGAUAAGGCCAAAAGUAACGAGGUGGCCGUCACCUUCACGUUGUCCUCCAUGGCAGCCAAGAAACUGAACGACGUGAUGGCGGCCACGGCCCGGCUGCUCAAGAUAAGAAUGCCGGGGUCAUACGAGGUGACCUUCCCUUCUCAGAACCCUGGAGUGGAUGAUCCUGGAAAAGGGCCCGGACAGUCAGGUGCCUUGUGUCUUAAGGACAACGCCUCAUCCGGUCAGGACGAGUGGUUACGGCAAUUUGACGUGUCUCUGCCUGGCUGCACGUUGAAGAAACAAGUGGACAUUCUGGCACUGAUCAAACAGGAAUUCCCGGCCAACGACGACAAAACAGUCCAGCACUGUUAUACCACCAACGUAAACGACUUGGAUGUGCGCCACCUUCCCAUCAUACCGGUGGAGGAAUCCCCGCCUCCGUCGCCAUCCCCUCCCCGUCCUUCGACCCCAGCUCCGCUUCCGACCAAUGAGGUGGAACCUUCCAAAAAGCCGGGCGUUAAAGUCUCAUCCCCCUCGCCCGCCUCUCCGCCCGCUGUUCAGAUCAAAACGGAGCCGGAAAGCGACGACUCGACGCCGUCGACACUCGCCGCUCCAGAGACCGAUCGCCCCGCGGCUCCACCAGAAGAGCCCCUAACGCUCGUCGCCAAGAAGGAGGAAGGGGUCGGCGACCCCCUCACGGCGGAUCCCGCCAGCCCGUCGGAGUCCUCUCUCAAGGUGGUGAAGCAACGCAGGCCUCUCUCUCCCGACGAGGAGCUCUUAGUCCCCCACGUGAAGAAAUGGAAGGGCAUUCGCUGGAAGCGGCUGCAGAUCGUCAUCUCCAUCCGCAAGGGCGGUUCCAAGAAGGAGAGCGGCCGCGAGGUGUUGGAGCUGAUGGAGCGCCUCCGCAUCACCCUGCGACCCGAGCGGUUGCCGCGCGAUAAGCGCAAGUGCUGCUUCUGCCACGAGCAGGGCGACGGCGCCACGGACGGACCGGCCCGCUUGCUCAACAUCGACGUGGACCUGUGGGUGCACCUCAACUGCGCCCUGUGGUCCACCGAAGUAUACGAGACGCAAGGAGGCGCGCUGAUCAACGUGGAGGUGGCGCUGCGCCGCGGCUUGCGCACGCUGUGCGCGUGCUGCCAGAAAACGGGCGCCACCAACAGCUGCAACCGACUGCGCUGCCCAAACGUCUACCACUUUGCCUGCGCCAUCCGGGCCCGCUGCAUGUUCUUCAAAGACAAAACCAUGCUGUGCACCCAGCACAAGCUCAAGGGGCCCAGCGAAGACGAACUCUGCUCUUUCGCCGUCCUACGCCGGGUCUACAUCGAGCGUGACGAAGUCAAGCAGAUCGCCAGCAUCUUGCAGCGAGGGGACCGCGUCCAUCUCUUCCGCGUCGGCGGCCUGAUUUUCCACGCCGUCGGGCAGCUGCUCCCUUCCCAAAUGGCCGUCUUCCACUCGCCCACCGCCAUCUUCCCCGUGGGCUACGAGGCCACGCGUAUCUACUGGAGCACGCGCGUGCCCAACAAGCGUUGUCGCUACCGUUGUCGCAUCGGCGAGGACGACGGCCGCCCCUUGUUCGAGGUGCGUGUUCUGGAACACGGCAUGGAGGAUUUGCAGUAUCGUGACAUGACGCCGCAGGGAAUCUGGGAACAGGUGGUUCACAAGGUUGCCAAACUGCGAGACGAAUCCUCCAUGUUGAAGCUGUUCACCGAACACGUCAAAGGAGAAGAAAUGUUUGGCCUCACCAUUCACGCUGUCAUGCGGAUCACCGAGUCGUUGCCCGGCGUGGAGAACUGCCACAACUACCAGUUCCGAUACGGCCGUCACCCGCUGAUGGAGCUCCCUCUGAUGAUCAAUCCCACCGGUUGUGCUCGCUCCGAGCCCAAAGUGCCCACACAGUGCAAAAGCGCUACUGAGCGCUUUUCUUUGCCGUCUGUGCCCAGGCCGCACACCUUGAACAGCACCAGCGUGUCCAAGGCCUACCAGAGCACCUUCACCUGCGAGAUGAACACGCCAUACAGCAAGCAGUUCGUCCACUCCAAGUCCUCGCAGUAUCGGCGCCUCAAGACCGAGUGGAAGAACAACGUGUACCUGGCUCGCUCCCGCAUUCAGGGCUUAGGUCUGUACGCCGCCAAAGAUCUGGAGAAGCACACCAUGGUCAUCGAGUACAUCGGCACCGUCAUCCGCAAUGAGGUGGCCAACCGCCGGGAGAAGAUUUACGAGUUGCAGAACCGUGGCAUCUACAUGUUCCGCAUCAACAAUGAGCAGGUGAUUGACGCCACUCUGACCGGCGGCCCGGCUCGCUAUGUCAACCACUCCUGCGCUCCCAACUGCGUGGCUGAAGUUGUGACCUUCGACAAGGAGGACAAGAUCAUCAUCAUCUCCAGCCGGAGAAUCCCCAAAGGAGAGGAGCUGACCUACGACUACCAGUUUGACUUUGAGGACGACCAGCACAAGAUCCCGUGCCACUGCGGAGCCUGGAAUUGCCGCAAGUGGAUGAACUGAGACGAAGGAAGGAAGGAAGGAGCAUGGCCUCCUUUCUGCACCAAAGCCUAUUUUUGUUUGUUUUUAAACUUGACUUUGCCAGUGCAUAAGCUGCUCUCCCCCAAGCGGAGGAAGGCUGGCCUCCAUCUUGGGACGACUCCGAGUGACAGUAGAGCAUGUAGCCAAAGGUUUGACGAGCAUUAAUCAUCGCAGCACCACCUCCGCUCUUGAUGGUGGACACCACAGCAAUGGGGCGGCGGGUAUUUCCACCCCCCCCCCCCCCAAUCACAGUUUUUGCUUGGCCCUUUAAGAAAAAAUAUUGGGAACAAUCAUGACAACAAGCGCCAUGCAUCAACAAUGAGAAAACAAAGAAGCCAUUUUAAAACCCUACAAAUGAACUCGUAAUGCAGUUCUACUUUGGACCUACAGUACUUCCCAUCUCACUUGCGAUCACACCGCCGCCCGUGACAAAAAGGCCCCUCCGCCCUGCCCCGCCCUUCCCCGCCCCCUCAUAGAAUCAUCAAUAAAGACGACGCCGACGUUGGCUAGCGAGACAAUCUUGGUUGAAUAUGAACUGUUAGUGACUCCGGAGGCGCCCCCGGUGCGCAGUCCGAAAAGGUUCGUCGGACCCGGUCUACCUCAUUGAUCGAAGCGGGGAAGUGACCGCUUUGUAUAGAAAAAAAACGAAAAGAAAAAAAAAAAAAAAGACAAAACUUGACUGCUACUGUGGAAUGAAAGUGGGGUCGGGAGGGGCCGUUCUUGGACAAGCAGGGAGUCUUAAGCAGCAGGUUUGCUCCGUCUACUCUAUGCUGAUGAUCAUUUACGACACGGAGCCCACCUGAUGAUGAUGAUGAUUAUUAUUCGUGACUUAUUUAUACAGAGGAAGCGUUUUUGAUAAGCAUUACAACUAAAAGGCAAUCAGAAGCUCAGCAUCGCAUCCCGCCUGCCAACGCAUCAUCCAUCUCGAUCCCCUUCGUCUUCUUCUUGUCCGCCGCCGGCGGGUGGACGCACGCACGACUACUAAAAUGUCCUCUUUCAAUCAAUCACAUCCUCCGUCGGAUUUUACGGAAAAAAAAACAUUCUACUGUUGUGGGUCUUCCUUUUGCCUGAGUGCAGCCUGCGGCGUUUCUACUUCCCACGUGCACGUGUGUGUGUGUGUGUGUGUGUGUGUGUGUGCUUUUCUAGCGCCGGUCCUGUCCUCCAGGCUCAACCGAUGGCAGGGAAAGACUAAUUGGAUGAAAGGGCAUUUGUUUCCUCGUCUACCUGAGAGUCGAAAGGAAAAAAAAAAAAAAAGUCUUUAAAGGGAGCUUUACUAAAAACGUCCCUCACUGCUAUGUUACCCCUUCCUUCCCCAGGAAAAAAAAAAAAAAGAAAAACCCAAACACCUCACAGGAUGAAAAGAAAAAUGCAAACUUGUACAAAUGUAUAUAACGG